GGUCUGUCCGUGUCGCACUGAGCAGGGAACCGUCUAUGUCAGAUACGACACGCCUGUAAGUGUGUGUAUGAGCACUUGUACAAUCAUUCGCUCACAUAAUUAAUGGAUAGUGGAUUCCAGGCUUGUAACUGACACAGGCAGUGUGUGGGGAAGAGCGGCGCUGGGUCCUGGCGGAAAGGCCCCGGUGUUUCCUUCUGGAGCUGCUGCCCGGGGCUGGGAGGUGAGCUCUCAUUACACUUGAAGUAUACUUAUUCUCCGGAAACCGCCAGGAGGCUCCUGAAAAUCGCGUGGUGCUCUGGGCUGGCUGGUGUGGACAAGUAUCCCGGAUCUUGGGGGUCAUUCCGAGUUGAUCGCACGCUGCCGAUUUUCACAGCGCAGCGAUCAGGCUCGGAGAUUCUCUCACCACCUGACGCAGAAUGUCCCCGGAAGUCACCUUAAACCGAAUAGCCCCCGCACUCUCUCCGUUCAUAUCCAGCGUGGUCAGAAAUGGAAAAGUUGGGCUGGAUUCUACAAACUGCCUGAGGAUAACUGACCUGAAAUCAGGCUGCACCUCCCUGACCCCUGGGCCCAGCUGUGACCGCUUCAAACUUCACAUCCCCUACGCUGGGGAGACCCUGAAAUGGGAUAUCCUCUUCAAUGCUCUGUACCCGGAAUUGCCUCCCGACUUUAUCUUUGGAGAGGAUGCUGAAUUUCUCCCUGAGCCGUCCGCCCUCCCGAGCCUGGCCGAGUGGGAUCCGUCAGAGCCGGAGUGCCUGCUGCAGGUGGUGAAGGAGCUGGUCCAGCAGUACCACCAGUACCAGUGCAGCCGGCUCAGCGAGAGCUCUCGCCUCAUGUUUGAGUAUCAGACUCUACUCGAGGAGCCACAGUAUGGCGAGAAUAUGGAAAUCUACGCCGGGAAAAAGAACAACUGGACAGGAGAGUUCUCUGCCCGAUUCCUCUUAAAGCUGCCAGUGGAUUUCAGCAAUAUCCCCAUCUAUCUGCUGAAGGACGCCAAUGAGGACCCGGGGGACGAUGUUGCGCUGCUCUCGGUCAGCUUUGAAGACGCAGAGGCUACACAGGUGUUCCCCAAACUCUACCUGUCUCCUCGCGUAGAACAUGCCCUUGGUGGGGCGUCGGCUCUCCUCAUCCCCGCGUUCCCGAACGCUGGAUGCCUCAUAGAUUACGUCCCUCAAGUCUGCCAAUUGCUAACAAAUAAGGUGCAGUAUGUGAUUCAGGGGUACCACAAAAGAAGGGAGUACAUAGCUGCCUUCCUCAGCCACUUUGGAACGGGCGUGGUGGAGUACGACGCAGAAGGCUUCACAAAGCUCACUCUGUUGCUGACAUGGAAAGACUUCUGCUUCCUGGUUCACAUUGACCUUCCUCUGUAUUUCCCCCGGGACCAGCCUAUGCUGACCUUUCAGUCCGUCUAUCACUUCACCAACAGCGGGCAGCUGUACUCACAGGCACAGAAGAGCUAUCCAUACAGCCCACGCUGGGAUGGGAAUGAAAUGGCAAAGAGAGCCAAGAUUUAUUUCAGAGGUUUUGUGCCCCAGUUCCAGGAGGCUGCAUUCGCUAAUGGGAAGCUGUAGGUCGGGAGCUUAGUCCUGUAUUACACAGACUCGUUCUGGAUGGUCUACAGCUCACAUGGACUGCACUAUAAGUAAAAUGGACUGUCUUAUAGCUCCCUCUAUGAAUUGCCCCCUUCUCCUAUCGUGCAUCCCAAAUAUCACAGCCCCCAACCUCACCGUAAUCCCUACCCCUGGUCUCCUAAACCUUCCUGAGGCUCCAUAUGAAAUAUAAUGAAUUUAGCCACUAACAAAAGGGUUAAUAUACCCAAAUAAUUUUUAAGCAUUUUUAAUUUUCAGUAAACAUGAAAUUUAAGCCGUACAAACCAUGUUUCAUCAAGGACAUUAUUUAUCUGCUAAAUUCUAUUUAUUAGGAAAGUCUUUCUUCUAUCCAGUCGGACAAAAUGAAAUAUUAAUCAAAAUCGAUAGGUGUUCUAGUGUUAUGUUGCCUGAUAAUAUACAUAACCGUUAAAGGAGGUAGCCUGCUCCGGCGUACUAUAAGUCAGCCGUGACCUUCGCCGGAUUCCUUAAUGUCACCAGAAGAGUCAGGGCUGGAAUCGGCAGUCUUUCAUCUCUUAUGUAAUAAUGCUGCGUUAUCAUCACACAAUAGCGGAGCAGCUACGUGGCAAAAAUUCUUUAUGUUCUUCUCAACAUCUCAACUGCCAGCCUUUGGUACGUAUUUUAGGGGUUAAUGUACCAAGCAGAGAAAAGAGUUGGAGAAGUGGACCAAUGGACAACCAAUCAUCAUUGAGGUAUCAUUUAUCCACUUUUCCAUUCUCUUCACUGCUUCAUGCAUCAACCCCAUAGUGCUGGCCAAUCUGUACAAAUUUAAUGACGGGCAGCAUUUUCAUUGGAGCAUUAUUUACUAUUGGGAAGAUGUAUCAAACCUUCUAAAGGAGUAAUUGGUCGCUACGGGCAAUUUUUCCUUUUUCUUUCCAGAAGAUUUGAUACCUGUCCCCCAUUUAUAUGAAAUUUAGUGAUCUAUUGCGAUCCAACCGCAAAAAUUACUAAAAGGAUGCGGGCGCAUGCGCAGAAAAUGCGAACGCUUCUGCCUGUCCGGCAGAGGCAUUCGCAGGGUGAAUGCGUCAACGCUGUGUUACCUAGACGGAUUGUUGCAGGGGCGCAGCUUCAAUACGGUGGCAGGGCAGCUGCGUGACGUCACACAGCCGCUGCGAUCAGAAAAAUGUCAGCAAGCCACCUGCGGGCACAGCCAGUUAGCGCCGGCAGGAGGCUACCCCAUUCUUUGCGAUAAAGUAUAGAGAGAUAAAGUUCCAACUAAUCAGCUCCCAACUGCCAUGUUACUGGAUGUGUUUGAAAAAUGACAGUUAGGAGCUGAUUGGCUGGUACGUUAUCUCUGUCCACUCCAUCUCGCUCCAAGGCUUAGUACAUAGAGCCCAUAAUUGGAAAUGCUAUCUACAAUAGAUGUAGAUACGGGGACGGUAAGAUACAAGCCUGACCAUUACUUGUUAUUCCCGGAAAGUAGAAACAUUUUACCGACCUUUGCUUACUAACGGACGUAAAAUGUGUUCUACUUAUACUCUACUUAAUAUUACGUUUACUGUGACAUCAUCUCUCGUAGCGGUGAGUGGUUUUCCGCCCUAGGAAGGUCACUUCGCAGUCUUCCUAUCAGCUAUCAUGACAGAGACACCUGUGUUCAAGCAGGUGCACCCUUACACCCCUACUUGUGAAAAAGGAGUCCGAACCACUAUUACUGUACAUAUGAGGUUGUGUGACUUGUGAUUCACAUCGAUCAGUGUCUGCUACAAAUAAAACAUGAAUUCUGAUGAUGGCGCUAUUGCUGGGCUGUUGGCACAUACAGUAAGUGUUAUUUCCCUCUGUACACAGACAGCUUACAGUUGUCAGAGCAGGGCGUGCUGAUGUGUAUAAGGUCCCUCUUAUCUGUACGUCUGUCUUACCCCAUGUUCUGCGGUAGAACCUACAGAGCAAUAAAGUCUACUAUGAAUUUGAUACUUUGAUGUUUCCCGUAAAUAACUGCAAAUUAUGUUUAUCUUCCGAAAUGUGCUUGAAAUUCUUGGGAAUUGGUGACGAUGGCAGUGUAGCUACUCAUCUUAAUUAAAGGGACAUGAUUAUGGUGGGGGGUUUGUACGUGGUCUGUGCUUUAAGGAAUAUGUCAGAUGCCUGGUGCAACAAUAAAGUAUAAAUGCAA